UUGUCACAAAUUACCAUUGCAUUGCAUUGAGGUCAAAUAGGCAACCCACGUGUAAGAACACAAAAGUCAAGCGUUGACUCACUCUUCUCAUUCCCCUUCUUCUCCAAAGAAAGAAAGCAAUAUUUUUUCCUCCAUUAAAACAUUGAAACACUCUCUUCAAACUCCUUCAACUAUUUUCCUCACACAAUGAACCAAUCUCAUUCCACAAUUAUCACUCAACACCAUCACCAUGACCUCUCCUGCACCCGCCCUCCACUCCAUCCGCGCCUCCCUCUCCGACCUCUGCGCUCCACCGCCGGAUCCACGCCGUCCCUUUCACAACCCCCGCUGCUUCUCGGCGUUCGCUCGCCGCCUCCAGCUAGUCCUCGAUCAACUCCUCCUCUUACUCCCGCCCACUCCACCGCUGCCCGUUCAGACGGCGCUGAAAGGCAUUGCCGGCGACCUAUCCAAGGCGGCGGAAACUGUGUCGUUGUACGAAAACGCGAGCAAGAUCUUCGUUUUGUUGAACUGCAAAACGCUGUGCUCGUCGCUGCAAGAACAAACCGCCGCUAUUUCGGGGUGGCUGGCGUUGCUUGAUUCGGGGGUUGAGGAGUUCCCUGAGCUUCAAAAGAAGGUCUUCGAUCUUAGCAGAGACAUGAAGCUCGCACAAUUUAGGGUCACAGAGAAUGAAGAGAGGGUGUUGUGUGCAUUGGAGAAGGAAGGGCAAGGGAGAGAUACAAGCAAAGCAGUGCAGAGUGCCAUUAUGAUGGAUUUGGCUCGUGCUUUUGGGGUCGAUCCUGAUGAUCAUGCUGAGUUACUCACCCAAGUGAACCUCUUCAAAGACGAUGCCUUGCGCUCCAAGUCGGUCCUCGAGACAAGAAUUUUGGCUUCCCUGGAGAGAAUUCUUAAGAACUGGUCCGUCGAACCUGCCAUAGUGACCCGGAAUAUGGACUUUGAUAUUGAAGAUGAUGAUGAUGCUAAUGCUCCAAUUAUGCCCUUCAAAAAUUUCCUUUGCCCAUUGACCAAGGAAGUGAUGACAGACCCUGUUGUGGUGCUGGAGUCCUCUCAGACCUAUGAGAGAACUGCAGUUGAGUACUGGUUUUCGAGGUGCAUUGAGAAUGGCAUCGACCCCAUUUGUCCGGUCACUGGAACCGUUCUUAAGUCCUUGGAGCUGAAGCCCAACAUUGGCUUGGCAGGGGCAAUUGAGGAGUGGAUUGGCAGGGUUGUUGAAUAUCAUGUUAAGUCUGCAGCACAGCAUCUGAUUGAGGAACCGUUGUCUAUUGAUCACGUCGAGCGAGCGCUGGAUAAUAUUUAUAAGGUUUCUGAAGAACACCCCACUAGCAGAUAUGUUAUCAGGAAUGCUGGCAUUGUGGUAUUGAUAGUGACUGUUCUUAGCAAGAACUCUAAAACUAUUGGAUCGCGUUUGAGAAGCAAAGUUCUAAUGACUUUACUUAGCAUGGCCAAGGACGAAGAAAGCAGGAAAAUAAUGCUUGAAAGGGGUAUCACUAGAUUGGCUAUACAUAGUCUUAUUGGGAACUCUGAGAAAGAGAGAGAGUAUGCUGUCAAGUUGUUAUCAGAGUUCUGCAACGAGGAUGAUUGUUGCGUAAGAAUUGCAUUGGAGAAAGGUGCAUUAGUUCUUCUGUCAAGUAUGGCUGGAAAUCUGGAAUAUCCCUCUCUGUCUAAUUUAGCUGAGGAAGUCUUAAAGAAGAUGGAGAGAGUGGAAGCUAAUGUUCAAUGCUUGGCCGCAGCUGGAAGAUUUGAACCAUUACUUUCACGGUUACGUGAUGGUUCUGAUGGCGUUAAGAUAGAGAUGGCCUCUUUGGUGGGAAGGAUGACAUUGACAAAUAGCUGUAAAGAACAAAUUGCUAGGGACGGCGCCAGAGUAUUUGUCGAAUUGCUGUCUAAUCCAGAAGGAAUGGGACCAAGUUUGCAAGCAUUAUAUAACUUGUCUGGAUUGGAUGACAAUGCAGCCAUCCUUGUUGAGUCUUCAGUCCUUCCAUCUCUUCUGGAAAUUCUUUUCAAUGAGCAGGAUCCUUCAUAUGAGUUUAAGUCAUUAGCUGCUUCAACAAUUGCAAAUAUAGUCUCAAAGCCAGGGCAUUGGGAGCUAGCAUCUGCUGACAAGAAGGGAAAUCCAAUGCAGUCUGAAAAUAUUGUUUUCGGACUUUUGGGGAUCUUAAACUAUGUGUCCUCUGAAUGUCAAGUGACCAUUCUUCGCAUUCUUUGCGGGAUUACUUCAUCUCCUCAAGCAUCAGAGUCGGUAGCCAUGCAAAUCAUGUCUGGUGGUAGCUUUAGAAUGGUCGCGCCAUUUCUUCAACACUCGGAAAUCGAACACAGACUCUUGGCUUUUAAGCUUACCAGACAACUAUCCGAAUGGUGUAGUCAAGAUCUAACAAACGAGCUAAGGCUUUCAAACACACUUACCAUUCUUGAAGAUAAACUAUUAGAUAACCAAUCAACAAACGAUGAGAGAUCAGAAGCAGCACAGAUACUAGCCAACCUUUCGCUCUCAGAAGCUGAAGUGAAGACACUUUUAGGAGACAACUUUGUGGAAUGGAGUGUAGCUACUCUGAAAAACCAGAGGCGUGUUACAAAUGCAAGAUUUUCACACUCUGGCAUGCAGGAAGGCCUUCUUGGACUCUUGCUUCACUAUUCUAAAAACCUUGAUCAACAAACUCUUAAUGUAAUCACAGGAAAUCGCCUCAUGUCAGUUUUCUGCGAGCAGCUGGACUAUACCUCGAAACCAAAGGUAAAACGCCUUGCUGCUAUUGGCUUAAAAAACUUGUCAGAGCUCGGAAGCUUGCGCAAUACGGAUAGAGAGUUUGGAGUUGGACAAUCAUCUUCUAGCAGCUUAUUCUGUUCUUACCUUGUCUUCAUGUGUGGGAAAGCUUCUAAUCAACCUUCCACAUGUCCCAUUCACAACAUCCCUUGCGACGACUCCACUCAACUGUGCCUCCACAAGACCAAUUCUAUCAAGCCAUUGGUUGAUCUCCUAAGUGACAACGACACAAGUGUUCAGGUCGCCGCUGUGGAUGCACUAUCUACUCUCCUUUUAGAUUACCAUUCGCGUAGUUUCAAAAGAACUGUUGAUGAGCUUGAGCAUCUAGGCGUGGUUGAUUCAGUGAUCACUCUUUUCACGGAGGUUCGAUCUGGGGAGCUUCAGGAGAAGACAAUUUGGAUAAUAGAGAAGAUACUGAGAGUGGAGAAUCAUAGCCAAAGAUAUGCACUCAAUCAGCCUCUUGUGAGAGGCUUGGUUGAAGCAUUCAAGCAUGGGAAUAGCAACACAAGGAAGCAUGCUCAAGAUGCUCUAACACUCCUUAAGCAGUUAUCAGGUAUUAGUGGUAAGGAAUCAAGUCAAUCUAGAUCUAGGAGAUAGCAAGAAAUUCAAUGAUAAUUAUUGUUGCUCAUUGACAUAUUGCAUGUAUGAUUAAACAAUUAUCUUUUUGUUGUAUAUCAGUUUGCAAAUGUUUAGUUAGCAAGCAUAAUUUGUCAACAUAAAAUCUGUAAUAGGGUCAUCAUUAAUUCUGAAUAGGGCUUAAAAAGCAAGAAAAUAUUUAAUGUUAGUGGUUAAACUAGAUCAUGAUUUGUGCAAGAUAUCAAUUAUUUAUUUUUAUUACCCC